AUGGUAGCAGUUAUUUCCAUGGCACCUGAGUACGAGACAAAUUCUGAGCUCUGGGGUAUUGCUUUCGGAGGGCAAUACUAUCCAACCGCUGACAACUUCGAUGUCGCCACAAACGAUGCCAAUCAGGCCCUGAGCCUAUAUCCUAUUAGGGUAUCCCAACCAUCACCCAGGCCUUUAGUAAAUGCGACCCUCCAGUGCUUUAACCAGUCCGUGGGUAACCUCGAUAUCGCCGACACGCAGGAAGCCGAUCAAAACUCUUGUCAACACCAUGUUAGCACAUUCCCACCAUCAUCCAGGCUUUCAGCGAAUGCAGUCUCCCAGUAUCCUGGUCCAGGUUGCAUCCAAGCAUCAUACCUAACUCUGGGAUUUGGUGAAUAUGUGGACUACGAACAGACCGAUAAUAGUGGUGGAAUACCAUACAAUAUUAGCUCUUCAAGUACACACCAUUCGACCAAUGGACCCACUCAUAGAUGGCAUCAACCCACUUCCAGCCUCGUCACACCCAAUUUGACUUCUGGUUAUGAGGGCCUUUCACAAGACUAUCUACACCCAUUCAAUGAGGUCGAUCCACCCACGGCGAUACCACUUGAACUAACAAACCACGUCGAGUAA